CUAAGGCUAGGACAAAAGAAACCAAAUCAGUCCAGGAGCUCUCUGAGACACAAGCAAAGCUCCAGCAAGCAGAGAAGACGAUCACUGAUAUGAGGGAGCAGGUCUGCCACCUGCAAGCCUCUCUAAGAUCUGCACAGGAGUGUGUUGCCGAGCAAAAGAACAGCAGUGGAGUUCUUCAUAUUGACAAGGGGACCAGCACUGAGAGAGGGGAACAAGACAGAGCUGUGGAGAAGGUUGUGAAGGAUCAGAGAGAUGCAGCGGUGUCCACCGAGAUUACAGGUGGAGCAGCCCCAGAACAGGAGCAAACCCAGCUUCAGGUGACUGCAGACGGCCUUCUGGCGACCCUCAGAAGGAUGGAGGUGAUGGUCAGCAGCGCCCUGGUGACCGCCGAGCAGGUGAGAGAGAGCGAGGAGAGGGUGAGCCAGGUGAGAGUGAGGAUGGAGAGCAUCACCCAGAGGGUGGAGGAAGCUCUGGACAGAGCAGCUCACACUGACAAACAGCUCAAUGUUCUGGAGGCCAGAAUCACAGAACAAGCUCCAACUCAGUCUCCAGGACCCAGUCUGCCAUCUGAUCCUGGAACAGACGCAGCAGGCUUUACGGCUGAGUCCGAUGUGGAGCCUGAAGACAGAGACAGAACGGAGAGUCCUCCUCCAUCUCCUGUAAUCCCAGAAGUCUGUGAGCCUCCACAGCUACCCAUGAAUGGUGGCAAAGGACGAGGCAGCUGCAGCAAGCUCCAGGAAGAGGAGGAGCACUUGCUGCCGGGAUCUCCUCUUGAACAAACUGUUCAUAACUUCAAGGAGUUCUCUGACGCCCCCUGUGCUGCUGAGAGUCCUUUUGUUUUCCCCCACACCCGCUCACGCCCCCCACUCACCCCCGCCAUGCCCACACUGCCUGAGGAAGAGGAGGACUCCCCCGAGGAGCUGGACAGUUCCUCCAGCUCUCCAAGUACAUCUGCACCAGGUGAAAGUCGAGCUAUCGUCAUGACUGCCCCCACCAUCGUCUACCCACAGCAGGCCACUAUUGUCCAACAAGAUGGACGACCCCUCGAGCCGGCCAGGCCACACAGUCCCAGAGCUCGCCUGGCUAGAAACUCAUCUGGAGGACCCAUCACAACAGUCGACAGCACAGGUAAUGUGAUCGACCUGGUGAAAGAUCAGCUACCAGAGCUGCAGCUCUCUGACGAGGAUCGACAGAAGAACCUUGAGCUGCUCGAACAGGCCAAAAAGGUCAGCGACCGCUUCCUUACGCGCCGCGGCCGCCGCUCCACCGGCAGCCUCACAGAGUCGCCCACAGGUCUUUCUCCAACUCCAACGCCGUCAUCCUCGCCAUGUUCAUCUAGAAGCAGUUCACUGACUGUGGCUCCUCAUACUGGAUCCACAGAAGCAACCCAUGUCAGCUCACAGUCGGUUGGGCAGCAUCUGGAGGUUCCUUCAGUGCAAGAACGGCAUGACUUAACGCCUCAGGAUCAGGAGGGCAACAGACUUUUGGUGGAUUGGAAGCCCACUGAGAAGAGGAAAGUGUCCUCUGGGACUCUAACACCCCGUUUUGCUGUUCAAAAGGAGAACUGUGAUCCUGCUGUACCUAAGAGUCCUCCAACAGUCAGUAAAGGGGAUGAGGGAGCUAGCCGAAACUCCAACCAAGCCCCAGCCACAGGGGUGGCCAAGCCUGUCCCCCGCCCCCCUACUCAACAAGCCCCCUGUACAGCAGAGAUCAAGACGAUUGGGGCCUUCCCUCCACUAAUGAGGGCUGUUUCCUGGGACGCUGUAGGCAGCCUUAAUUCUAGAAAUGGAGCCCCGAGUUUUCCUCCCACACCAGAGGAUACCUUCUCAGACAAGCCCAGGGAUGCUGUCUUUAAAUCUUCAGGGUACAAGGACCUCCCCACCCAGCCAGGGGGUGUACAUAAGCUGUCUAAACUCAAAGAGGAGCACAAGCUGAUGCGUAACCAAAGCAUAGUGGGAUCCAAGUUACCAGACUUGAGUGAAGCUGCUGAACAGGAAAAAGGUCCUACAACCUGUGCAAACUCAGCCAGUAGUGAGGAGGCGAGGGAGAAGUCUGACGCCAUGCCAAACAUUUCAGAUGUGAUGCUGAGAAAACUCAAACUACACCGAGGUCUACCAGGCUGUGCACCCCCACUCACAGAAAAAGAAGUUGAGAACGCAUUUGUCCAGCUGUCACUGGCAUUUCGGAAUGACAACUACACUCUGGAGAUGCGGCUCAAACAGUCAGAGAGGGAGAGGAACCUGACUGAGGAAGACACUGAGAAAGAACUAGAGGAAUUCAAAGGAGCACUGAAGAUGACUUCACCACAGUGGCAGAACCUGGAGCAGCGUGAGGCCUACCAGCGCCUCAUAGAGACAGUGGCAGUGCUGCACCGACUGGCCACACGGCUCUCCAGCAGAGCAGAGAUAGUUGGAGCUGUGCGACAGGAGAAACGUAUGAACAAGGCCACUGAGGUCAUGAUGCAAUAUGUGGAAAAUCUGAAGAGGACAUAUGAGAAGGACCAUGCAGAGCUGAUGGAGUUUAAGAAGCUGGCCAACCAGAACUCAAAUCGCUGUUAUGGAGGGUCUGUAGACACUGGGGAUGAUGGAGUUCCAAGGCCAUCAAGAUCAAUGUCCCUCACCCUUGGAAAGGCUCUGCCCAGGCGUAGGGUUAGCGUAGCGGUGGUGCCUAAGUUUAACCUCCUGAAUAUCCCAGGUCAGACUCCAGCCACAGCCAGCCCAGGGCCUGGCCCGGGACCAGGCCCAGGCCCCAUCAUGGGACCCACCUCUAGUGCUGCUCUUCCUGUUCUGUGUGAAGCAAAUGAUGUGAAAGGCAAUGCUCCCACAGAGACGGCACAACCAGCAGCAGAAUGUGGAAAGAGCGUGUCGGAGCAGGAAAGUGAGCCAGCCAAGCCUUCAGUCAACUUAGAGGAGAUCAGAGCCGAGAUCAGAGCUGAGCUCAAGGCAAAGAUCGAGGAGGAGGCGUAUAAUAAAGGCUUCCAAGACGGACUGAAGCAAAAUAAAGUGCUGCAAGAGGAGAAGAAUGAAGAGAAAAAUGCUGAAGAGAAACAGCUGGAAGUGAAAAAUAAAGAUGAAGAGAGUGGAAAGAAAAUAAAAACAACCAGGAGGAUGGAGGAGGUCCUGGUUCUUCUUGGUCGUUUUCUUCCCAGGAUUUCCUUGAGUCGGCGUCUACUCUGGAUCGCCCUGACACUGUUUGUGGUGAUGUGUCUGGUUAUCAGUAUUUUUACAUUCUUCAGUGACUACUACAACAGACGUGAGGACACGUAAGCAGAAAACGACUUGUGCGAGGAAAGAUGAAGAGCUUUGGACUAAGUGUAGCAGCACAACCAAAGAACAGAACAGAAUAACGGAGACGGCAGUUGUCCUCUUGUCUCUGUCAGUUUACCAUAUCACCACGCUCGAACUCACUUGAAUCAAUGACCCUGACUCUCGAGGGCCAAAGACGUUUUGGGAGGCUUUAUGGAUAAUGUUGCCUUUAACAGCAUUAAGUUAUAAUUUCGUUUGGAUUGAGGAAUUGAGAGAAAAAGAAAAUCUGUUUAGGGACCAAUUAUAUAGUGUGAUAAUAUAUAACUAUAUAUAUUUAAAUUAGAUGCAUACCUAAUGAUUUGUUCUGUUUUAGGUUCAUCUUGAUGAUGAAAUAUUUCCAUUAAAUGACGCAAUGGAAAAAGUGUGUAUUUAUCUACACUCUAAUGUUAAAGUAUAAUCUCUCCGGUCCAGUGGAUAAUAAAACUCCAGAGAGAUUUUGAAUUGAUAUAUAAAGAUAUAGAAAACAAAGGAAUGUUUUUAUUUUUUGUUUAAUUUCUAUAAUGUGUAUUUAAAGACUUUAAGAUAUAAGCACAUUCCAGUGUAGUUCCUUAAGUGCAAUAUUUUGCAGCUGAUGGUUCUCAUUUGUGCCAUUUUGGAUUGUGUCUUCAGAGCACUGAGAGAUUUCCUUCUUGUAUGAGAGCACUGUUUAGAUGGCAUGAGGCUUGUUUUUAUCUUCUUUGCACAUGUGUUGUUUGUUCUCUGUAGAUUUUAUGUUUUGCCACUUCACCUUUAAAUAAAGGUGCCUGAAAACA